CGACAGGACCUCCUCGCUGUUUUGAUUGCCAUUUGUUUUUGUUACAAUUAAGCCUGAGUAAAAUUGUCAGACCAACACUAGAAAUUCAGAGAAGCUUUGAGAGCACACUUUCCGCCUCUCUGCUUCCUUGCCGUUGAAGAUUUAACUGCUCGCACAGUGCGUUGUGGUGGACCUGAGAGACCAGAAUGGACUCCCGGAAAGUGGCAGAGUUGAAGGCUUUUGUGGAACUAUGCGGUUCAAAUCCAUCCAUAUUGCACCUGCCCGAACUUGGCUUCGUUCGGGCCUGGUUGAAGGGAAUGGGAGCCAAUAUUCCACUAGCACCCAAAAAUGAUUCUUCAUGCAAGGGUGGUUGUCCAUGUGCUGGAGCCCCGCCCCGUACCUCAGCCCAUUCCUCUGCUGAGCCCAUGUCCUCUGAGAGUGAGGAGAGCGACCUAGAGAUUGACAACGAGGGGGUGAUUGAACCAGACACAGACGAACCCCAGGAGAUGGGAGACUUUGAAAACCUGGAGGUCACAGAGGAAAUGAUGGAUCAGGCCAAUGAGAAAAAGACAGAGGCCAUCGAUGCAUUAGGAGAGGGUGAUCUGAAGAAAGCCCUGGACCUUUUCACUGAGGCCAUCAAGCUCAACCCAUGUUUAGCCAUCUUGUACGCCAAGAGGGCCAGCGUUUAUAUCCGGAUGGAGAAGCCCAACGCAGCCAAGAGGGACUGUGACCGAGCCAUCGACAUCAACCCAGACUCUGCACAGCCCUACAAGUGGAGGGGCAAGGCUCACAAGUUGCUUGGGAACUGGGAGGAAGCCGCUAAGGACCUGGCCACUGCCUGUAAGCUGGACUAUGAUGACGAUGCUAGUACCAUGCUGAAAGAGGUCCAGCCCAAGGCAAAUAAAAUCAUCGAGCACCGACGCAAAUAUCAGCGCAAGAGGGAUGAGCGUGAGCUCCAGGAGAAGAAGGACAGGAUCAAGAAAGCCAAGGAGGAGCAUGAGAAAGCCCAGAGGGAGGAGGAGGCCAGACAAGCAGCAGGAGGGGGAAUGCCAGGAGGGAUGCCAGGAGGGAUGCCCGGGAUGCCUGGAGGUUUCCCAGGGUUCCCAGGUGGUGCCGGUGGCUUUGGAGGUGGAGCGUCUCCGUUCGGCAUGCCGGGACUGGGCGACCUCUUCAACGAUCCAGAAGUGCUGAACGCCAUGAAGGACCCUGAGGUGAUGGCAGCUUUCCAGGAUGUGGCUCAGAACCCAGCCAACAUUGCCAAGUAUCAGGGCAACCCCAAGGUCAUGGCCCUCAUCACCAAGCUGAGCUCCAAGUUUGGAGGACCACAAGCAUAAGCCGGCGAAGGAGAGAGAGAGGAAGGCAGAGCAGAAAUUGGUGGGGGGGGGGGGGGGGGGGGGGGGCUCAGGAAAGGAGAUUAGGAGGUGGUGAGAGUUUUAAGUGGAAGUUAACCUGCAGCGCAAAGAAGCAUCGACAUGAGUUUUCCACUGUGUCUGAGUCAAAUGGGGAGGCAGGUAGAUUUGUAUGAGAUACAAAUGUGUGUUUGUGUGUGUGUGUGGUGGGGGACGCUAAAGAGAGGCAUGCCGCAAAUUUUACUCUAGCCAAGGGUUUGGGAGGGAGGGAGGGGCAACAGAAACUAAAAUCUUAAUUGGGGGCCAGCCUUUUAAUGGCGAUUUGCACUUAGUGGUUCGGAAAAAACCUGCUUAAUGGUUGUUGAUGGGGAGUGAGGCCUGUCGGAGCCUUAUCAUAUAGAAUCCCGUCAAUCUCCCCAUCCAUCUCCUUUAGGGCUGUGCUUACAUACCGGUUGAUCUACCUUUAACCUCAGUCUGGAAUAGUCACACUGAACCUCUCACUUAAAAGCUACCAGAAAAGUCAAGACAUCAUGAAUCCACUGAUGGUUCAUUUUCUGGGAUCUAGAGUGAGCUGACCAAACCAUUGCCUGUCUGUUAUCAGGAGUUGAUGUGUACAGUAGGGUGUUUCCAGUAAAGUUUUUUUCUUUUUUUUUCUCAGGUUUUGUAACGUUUUCCUCACCUUCACUGUAAUGUAACAUGUUUCCUGUGUCUCUCCUUCCAAAUGCAAAAAAGCAAUUUAAUGCAUUAAUCUGUCCAUUUUGAUUUUGAUUGUUUGAAAAUAUCAAUUCAAAUCAAUAAAUUUUGGUUGUUGCAAAA